AGACACUAAACAUGUCUAAGGAAGCUGCUAUUGGUAUAGAUCUAGGAACAACUAAUAGUUGUGUAGCUGUUAUGCAGUAUGGAAAGGUUGAGAUCAUUGCUAAUGCUCAAGGGAACAGGUUGACCCCCAGUUGUGUAGCUUUCACAGGUAAGGAAAGAUUGAUUGGUGACCCUGCGGCUAGUCAGGUAGCGGUUAACCCGGCAAACACAAUCUUCGACGCUAAACGAUUGAUUGGCCGAAAGUUCAAUGAUGAUACUGUUCAAGCAGACAUCAAGCUGUGGCCUUUCAAGGUGGUGUCUGACAAUGGAAACCCCAGGAUCCAGGUCGAGUUCUUGAAUCAAACCAUGCAGUUCAAGCCAGAAGAGAUCAGUGCAAUGGUUUUAAAGAAAAUGAAAGAUACAGCUGAAGCUUACUUGGGCUAUAAGGUGAAGGAUGCAGUGGUUACUGUUCCCGCAUACUUCAAUGAUUCCCAGAGACAAGCAACAAAGGAUGCUGGUCAGAUUGCUGGGUUAAAUGUUAUCCGAAUUAUCAAUGAGCCGACUGCAGCUGCUAUUGCGUAUGGUAUGGAUAGGAAGGCCCAAGGAGAAAAAACUGUUUUGAUCUUUGAUCUUGGAGGCGGUACAUUUGAUGUUUCUGUACUCGUCAUUGAUAAUGGAAAUUUUCAGGUGAAAUCUAUUGCUGGAGACACACAUCUCGGAGGGGAGGAUUUUGAUAAUCGACUGCUCGUGCAUUUCAUUCAAGAAUUUAUGAGGAAGCACAAAGCUGACAUUAGUGGUAACAAACGCGCACUUCGCCGACUCAGAACUGCAUGUGAGCGCGCUAAGGUUACGCUCAGUAGCGCGCCCCAGGCCAAUAUUGAGAUCGAUGGAUUAACAGAAGGAAUAGAUUUCUACUCUACGAUCACUCAAGCAAAGUUUGAGGAUCUAUGCGGAGAUCUCUUCGAAAUGAUCAUUUCUCACGUCAAGAAAGCUGUUGACGAUUGUAAACUAGAGAUGGAUGAAAUAGUUCUGGUGGGAGGUAGUAGUAGAAUACCUAAACUUCAGUCAUUGCUUGUUGAGAUGUUCCACAAGGAGCUGAACAAGUCUAUAGACCCUGAGGAAGCAGUUGCAUAUGGAGCAGCUGUCCAAGCUGCUGUUCUUAACGGAGAUAAGAGCUUUGGAGAGUGUAUCCUCCAGGACGUAGUUCCUCUAUCUCUGGGAGUAGAACCAGCUGGUGGUGUCCUGGAAAUUCUGGUGGCCAGGAAUACUCCUAUUCCUGUCCGAACCAACAAGAUAUUCUCAACCAACGCUGAUGAUCAGGAAUCAGUGGGAAUCUGUGUGUACGAAGGAGAACGACCGCUAGCCAAGGACAACCAUCUCCUUGGUAAAUUUGACCUGGUCGGUAUUCCUCCAGCUCCACGUGGUGUUCCUAAGAUCGAAGUUAAGUUUGAUGUGGAUGUUGACGGUAUUUUGAGCGUCUCCGCCAUCGACUUUGGAUCUGGAAACCAUGAACGGAUCACAAUUAAGCCUGACAAAGGAGGUUUGACUGCUGAAGAGGUUGAGAGGAUGAUCGAGGAUGCUCGGAGAUUUGAAUCUGAAGAUCAUAAGAAAAGAGAGUGUGUGGUCGCAAGAAAUGAUUUAGAAUCCUAUGUGCUGAAUUUGAGGAAUGCACUAGAGAAGUUUAAAUGCAAGCUCUCCGAGUCUGAUAUCGAGUACGGUAGAACCCGCCUCGCCUCCGCCCUGAAGUGGGUAGAAGAGAACAAGGCAGCUGAGGCGGAGGAAUACAGAGGGCGGAAGAAUGAGUUGAAGGCGGAAGUUAAGAAGAUUCAAGAGAAGAUUGGACACAAGGAAGGCGAACCAUUGUCCCCACACAAAAGUAAUGUGCUGGCCUGAAUAUUUUCUGUUUUAUUGAUUUUAAAUAUUUUUACAUCUAAGUGUGUUUUAGUAGUAUACAAGUUUGAUUUUAUCCAUUUUUAGUUGUCUAGAUAUAUGGAUAACGUACAGUAAAAAAUAAAGUUAUAAUAUUGACUAA